UUUCGAACGCCAGGGUAACCGACAGCGUUCCAAUACCAGAACCAGUAAAAAGUUCGAACGUUCGAUCGGCAUGCACCGAGGAAAACUUGAUAAAUUUUUGGUGCCUAGUCCUUGGUUACUAGCGAAAAGAUAGAAACUACGCAAGAUUUUAUCAAGUAUGCUGCAAAAAGUCAACCAAGCUACAAGGAAACGAAAGUAAACAAACAUCAUCCAGUCAUGACAACUGACAGCUGUGUUUCCUGCCUUAAGAAACAGAGCUUCACCUGCAAUGAGAGAAAAUGCUAUGAAACAUCAACAACAUUUGAUAAAAGAACCAUGGAACAGUACUGUUCAAGAAGACCAUUUAUCAAAUGCACACCUUGGAAAAGAAAAUUACAAUACAAUAAGACCAGUACUGUGUCUUGGAGUCCAGCUCAUUCAGAUAAAUCUCAGGACUAUUGUUUAUUGCCGGAAAUGAGCCUGCCGUCUUCUGUGAAUAAUAGACUUCUAGUCACAGCUGUUUACAUCAUUUUUACUUCAAUAUUGAGAACUAUAAACACACAUAUAAGUACUCAACAGACUACUAGGGUGUUAGUUUUUGUUUUAGCUAUUAGUGCAUUAUUGAGUGGGUGUGGUCCUUAUGUGACUGCAGAGUCGACAUCACUGUCACCUGGAUCACAACCUCAACUAGAACUACCUAAUGCUAUAACCUAUGUUGGCAUGGCAUUCAUAUACAAGAUACCAAGCAAGAUAUUUAACUGCAAGCUGGACUACAUCGAGAUAUCUGAGGGAAGCUCCAGAACUCUUCCCAACUGGCUAGCCUAUGAUGAACACAAACAAGAGCUUUAUGGAGUCCCAUCAAUGGAAGAUAUAGGCACCUCUUAUAUCUUGAUAGUUGCUAUUGCUGAUGACUCACUGCACACAGGAAGAAUAUGUGGAAUGAAGUCAUUUACCAUUAAUGUUGUGGCAGUACACCAUCAACCUCAUGCUUCUGUGAUCAUGAUGGCUAGCAGUGUUGCCUUAGAAUCUCAGGUACUGCAUUUUGGAUCAGGGAGGAUGAAUGAGAACUUAUUCUGUACACCUGGUGCUCAGCUAAUAUUAGGAACUAUUCUACUCAGCGCAAACCUGCAGCAGGUAUCUGGACACGAGAGAAUGAUGAUUCUGAACAAAACUGCUCAGCAUCUGAAGGUUACUACAGAAAAGAUGGCUUUAUUUUCAGGCGAAGUUGAUCACCCUUUGGUCUCUCAAUUAAAAGAUCCCUCUGUGAUCAAAUCUGGAGCAGGUGAUGGUAGAUAUAGUAAGGGCAAGAGAAGUCUGCUUACUUGGGCACUAGGGUGUGGGGCACUGAAGCUUAAUAGUGACUUACUGGAUCUUGAGACAUCAUCAAAAGAUGGGACCAUCAGUAUGCUUCUUGGACAUCCUGUUAUUGGAUGGCAUGUGACAUCAGGAGUGCAAAGAGCAAGACACAGGGGGCGACGAGCAAUUCUUCCAGCUACACCAACGCCAACUGAGACAAGCAUGCUGCCGACUCAAGUUAAAAGUAUCCUGACGACUGUUCUAACUGGGAGCAUGACUCUUAUGCCAACUAUCAUCCAGAAUUCCACUGAAGUCCUUCAAAGCUCAGCUGUUGCAUCUUUAAAUGUUACAACCAUUGUUUCAGCUACACCCUCAUUUACUUUAUCAGCAAGUCUGAGCAUAAAGCCCACAGUUAUUCUAAAUUCAACAGUAGUUGUUAAUGCAACUAUCAAUAUGUCUAGUCUUGCAUCAUCAGCCAUUUUGGUGUAUUCGACUACAAGUCCAUUAAUGAAUGCAUCAUCAGAGGCAUCACUUACUUCAACAGAAGUUGUCAAUACAAGCUCUGUUCAACCAUCAAGUAGCAUUUCAAUGACAUCUAUAAUGCAAACAGACACAAUGAAUACAACUUUCAGCAUACAACCCACUCCAAGUAUCAAUGUCACUACUGUGAGCAUUGAAAUGACAUCUAUAAUGCCAACAGAAACAAUGAAUACAACUUUGAGUCUACUGCCUGAUCCAAGUAUCAAUGUCACUAAUGUGAAAUCACCCUCUCUGACUACAAGUGGCUUGCUCCAGCCAUCUCUUAGUGCUAAUGUGACAACUGAAUUGUCAAAACCAGUGAAUACAAGUUUCUUUCCUCAGCCAACUCCUAGUACCAAUAUGUCUUCAUCAGAAGUGCUUCUUUCUUGGAAUUCGAGUAUCAUGCUUACACCAUCAGAGAGUGCCAAUAUCUCAAAAAUGCCCAGUAGCACUGUGUCUUUACCUGGAAAUUCAUCAAUUAUGGAAACUAUCAAAGUUACUCCGACCUCCUCACUGACAACUCCCCAAAACACCUCAGUUGUUUUCACAAACAGUACUGUUCAAGACACCUUGGUUUUAUACACAAGUUCAACACCAGUUCUUAAUAUUUCCUCUGGCUGGAAUUCUACUAUAGUCAAGGAGAGCACGACCACCCUGUUAUUGUCAUCUUCAUCUGUGCCUCUUAAUGAAAGCACCUCUAAUGUCAGUGUUGCUAUUAACAGUACCGUUCAAGCGUCUACCACAAUCUACAGUCUACCUCCAACCUCCAUGUUAAACUCUACACCUGCGACUGUCAGCAUAGAUUCCAUUGCUCCAAGUCCUACAACACCACCAUCUUCUAGCUCCACAACUAUCACCACUUUAAACGCGUCUGUUAUGGCAACAGCAACACCAAGUGCAUCGCUUGAGACCAAUGCUAGCACUAUGUUGUCUUCAGGAAUCUCUGUCCCUUCCAUUGACUCAACAGUUUUGCCAGAUUCAUCAUCUUUUAUUCCAACAGUUACAACGGUUGUCCAGACAGGCAGUUCUGACAUGAAUCGCACAAGCAGCAUAACCCCAAGCUUCCAGACAGCGUCCAUUUGGACAGGGACUCCAAUGUUGACAACAGACAUUGUUGAACCAACAAUAAAUGCCUCGAGAACAUCGAUGACCACAAUAGUAUCAUCAGCUAGUGGAUCGUCUGUGUAUAGUGCCUUUUCAAUUAAUACCACUGAUACAACGCUUCUGAUUUCGAAAAGUCUAAGGACUACUGAAACGGUUUCUAUGACAACAUCAAUCAAUGUCAGCUCUACUAUCUUAUCUCUUUUGCCAUCAAUUGUGACGUCACCAAUCAUGACAUCUGUCAACAUGUCAUCUGCAAGUAUUGUGAACUCAAGCUCGAUUGAAGUUGUAGAUAGCUGCAAUACGGAAAACAGCACGCUAUCAGCUUAUGUAAAGGAUGCCAUGACCAACAAUGUGACUCUGAGCACUGCAAAACUUCCACACUCUCUGGGAUCCCUUUCUCCUAGCACGCCUAUCUCCCCCAGUGUAGUAGAGGAUUUCGUCAAUAACUCAACGAGACUCGAGACUAUUUACAUCUCAGCUGAUGUCAAUUUCUCUCUUCGUGACGCAACUGCCGCUUCCUUGGUUUCUAUUGUGACUGGAACAGCUGGUCCCGGAAGCACCUUGUCACGCACUGUUGUGUUAACUCUGUCAAGUGUCACGCAAGCUAUCACAUAUAGCACCAUAAGCACCGAAUCCUUUGUCACGCCAACAUCAUUAGUGAAUGACUCAACGAUAUUCGCUAGUAGUCCAGUGGACGUAACGCCAGCACUAAGCACCAAGAGUUUCACAUCCAUCUCCUUAGACUCCACCCGCACAUCAACAUUGAGCGCAUCAGUCGAUGAAACUAGCACCAGCAUUAAAUUGAACUCAUCUGUAGUCAAGACGUCUUUGUUGACCUCGUCGCUUUGGCAAAACUCGCUUGCUAAUAGUACGCUGGGUAAAGGCCUUAUAACCACUGUGCUCAGUACAUCUUCAAUUAUAACACACCCUAACUCCACAGCGUUCGUUUCUUCUCUAGCGAUACAGACGUCCAUUCUAGUCGUCAAAUCAUCGGUCGAAACUUCCAUUAUUGGCAAGAGCACAACUAUUGCAAACGUAAGCAGCAUCUUGCCUUCACCUUCUACGGUUUAUAUGGAAACCACAUCUGUACCUGACAACUACACAGAAGUGACUACAACACAUGAUGCUGCGUCAAGUACCACUUGGUCUGUACCAGACAUCUACAUGACCCUAAGCAUCACCACUGGUGUCUACACGUCGUUGAGCAGUCCUGGCAUCAAAAACACAACCUUUACCCCAAGUGAAAUCGUAUCGCCGUCUAUCAGUACACUACACACAUCCACUGUGGAAGUGUCUUCUACUGGAAAUGUUUCAAUGUUAACCUUGAAAACGAACUCAAUUCCUGUAACAAGCCCAGCCCCAAGUACUAGUUUGCCAGCUUCGUCGACGUUGCCAGUCCUACCAACAUCAAGUCUAGCUGACACACCCAGUACACAGUCUGUUGCUAGUAGUGGAGUCAUGGUGACAUUUUCCUCAGUUGCCGCCGUGAAUAGCAGUACGAUUUCUGCCGACAUUACCAGCCUUAUUUCGUCCUCAUCAUUGAAUAUAAGCUCGGCGUAUGUCCUAUCAACCGGCGUUCUACCAGGAACGACCUCAAAACAGUCCAUGAUACAACCCAUCACUUCAACAAGUUUCACAACUACUUCGGUGCUGUUUGAAAGUAGUGCAGAUGUCUCAAGUUCUUCCAUCGCAUUUGAUAUUACUAGUAUCCUAUCAACCAGUGUUCUGCCAGAAACGACCUCCAUACAGUCUACGAUGCAACCCAACACUUCAACAAGUUCCCCAACUACUUCGGUGCUGUUUGAAAGUAGUGCAGAUGUCUCAAGUUCUUCCAUCGCAUUAGAUAUUACUAGUAUCCUUUCAACAAGUGUUCUACCAGAAACGACCUCCAUACAGUCUACGAUGCAACCCAACACUUCAACAAGUUCCCCAACUACUUCGGUGCUGUUUGAAAGUAGUGCAGAUGUCUCAAGUUCUUCCAUCGCAUUAGAUAUUACUAGUAUCCUUUCAACAAGUGUUCUACCAGAAACGACCUCCAUACAGUCUACGAUGCAACCCAACACUUCAACGGUUCUUUCAAGUGUGGACAGUGUUGAUUCAUCGAGUGUCGUAGAAUCGUCACAGUCAAGGACUGCAGCUACAAUAAACUCAACAACACAAGAGAGCUCAAGUUUCCAAACGAGCAUCUAUCCCUCGCAGAGCAGUAUAUUUCGGACAUCUGUAUUACCAAGCAGUUACUUCUCAAGUACUGUUAUUGUAGAGACGUCUUCUUCGAGUGCCUCCUCGUUAGCUCCUUCCCCGACAGCGACGACAACCAGUAUCUUGCAGACAACCGAGCCAUCAAGUACGCCCCCAACCAGCCCUGCGCUAACGGUGACAAUGACAACGGUAAUAGCGACCGACUCAUCCAUAACUCCGACUACAGUAACUAAGGUUAUACCAACAAGCACGGCAACAGUCGUCAUACCGCCUGACUUGGUCGUCGUCAAUGAUAUCGGGCGCGUCACCGUGACAUCUGGAAAGGUUUUCAACUACCAGGUUCCUGCCGACACGUUUCAUGAUAGGAAGGAUGGAAACACAAGGAAUUUAACGCUAGAGUUGUACUUAGUUGGGCCGCAAUCAACUCAGGCGGAGAUUCCAGGCUGGCUUCAGUUUGAUGAUAAGACGCAAACGAUAUCUGGGUUACCAAUGGACCCGAGUGAAACACUGACAAGAGGAGAAUUGUUUAUUCUCAAAGCGAGGAAUAGUCGUGGAGAUAUUGCCUAUGAUGCCUUCGAGAUUCUUGUCUUGGAUUCACAGACCCAACAUGCAGUUGAGUUAAGCACACGUUUAGAUAAUAACUACACCAUCUUCAGUAACAAUUUGACGCAAAGACUUCUUCUGUUAUCUGCGAUUGCGAGUUUCUACGGUGAUGCCUCUCCGGGAUACAUACGUGUGCUCCGCUACCAAGAAGGUUCGGUUUUGUUCAUCUGGACAAAUGAUACGCUACCGACAAGUGAAUGCGACCCAGAGAAAAAUGCUCGAGUGUCGAAUAGGGUGGAGGAAGAUGGUGAGGUUACUAACGCAUUUCGCCAAGCCCUGGCCCCAAGAUUUCCGGUGAUGAGUGCUUACAGCUCCCUCGUAGGGGUGUGCAACAGAACAAUUAUCCCUGCCUCGGCAAUCCCAGGCGCCAGGGACUCCGAGGAGAGCAGUGACUUGUGGGUAAAGCACGUGCUUCCUGGCGUCCUUGUGGCCUUCAUUCUUAUCAUCAUCGCAAUCCUUCUGUUCUUGUACCUCAGGCGUAAACGCCCUAAACCUGCGGACCCAGAAAGACGGACGUACAAGAAGCGUAAGCCGAUAAUCCUGGACCCUGAAAUGGAGCUGAAGCCACUUCCUGGUAAACCAUUAGUUCUUCCAAGUGACGAUCCGAGUCAGCCUCCUUCUUAUAUAUCUGAUACGUCUCUUGACAAGGCACCAUAUUCGUACUAUAAUGAUGAUUAUGAUGAUGAUGGUGAUGACGAGGAGGAUUUUAAGUUCGGCUCAUUCCCGCCAUCACCUAUAUACGAGACUCCACCCCCAGUAUAUGGGGGAUUUGAACCAGACUACAGGGAGACACCUCCGCCGAAUUACCGGCUACCCCCCAUGUACCUCAACUACACAGUUCCGCCAUGGGAGACGAGUAGUGACGUGUAGAAUGUGACCCGUAGAUAUUACAAAAUGUAGAUCUCUUUUUGGUUCGAAACGUGACACGUGAGCAGUAUCUUAAGAAUGCAGGAGAGACAGGUUAUAUGGAAGAUGCUGCCUCAAAUUCUAUUUGCAACGACCCACUAGAUUGGCUUUGCGACUUUGUAUAGGUUUUUUGUGCUUUCUUAAUUAGCAAAAAAAAAUAUCUUCUUUGCAGAUAUCGACCUUGUAUUUUAUCAUCCCGCUAAUUAAAGCCUUUUUAUCGCUACUCUAGGUAAAAUUUUAUAAUAUAGUGUAAAAUUAAAGUGUAAAUAACGAGGCGUAAAGGCAAUCAUACAUUUGCGUAUCCAAAAAUGAUUCAAAGAAUACAAUAGAUUAUAAUAAAACAACAUCUUACUAUUUA